AUGGACAAUACCUGGUGCGUUGUCCCGGUGACCAGCGAUAUAAUGACAGCAACCUGGCUCCUCGAAUACAUCAUGUGUUUUGUUGAUUCCCGCGUAUGGGCUGGACGGCUGUCGUACUCAACCAGGACACACCAUCUAGGAGCUGAUGGGCGUGCUCACCCAACAUCGUUUACGCGCAUUCCGCACUGUCACAACGUCAGCAUACCCGGACCAGCAGGCAUCAUGCUAGUUCUUUUGGACGAGAGCACCACCGCGAGCAAUAACCACCUACCAAUCCUGCGUCCCGCCGGGGUCAAUGUGAACCCAGGGUCGCCUUAUGUUCAGAGAUUUGACAGUUCCAAUUACCUUGUCGACAUGACAGCCCUCUUGCACAACUUACUUGAUGACUCCGAGCUAUCAUCUCAACGCAUGUGUUGGGCUCUGGAGUGGAUAGAGGCCAACAUGUGCACUGACAUGGCCUUCCAACUUGCAUUUUCACUGGCUUCUGAACUCUCUGCUGGCUUGCCGGAAUCCCCCACUUUGGAGGUUGCACCUGAACCUAAUCACCGAUACCAACACCCCCUAAAUGGUGCGUGGACGAUCGUGAGCCCCCUCCUCCAGUACAGCCAGAGCACCGCCCGCGUAGAGCACCGUGCAAUAGUGGAGGAUGACCGUGUGGUUGCGUACUCAUCACAUUGGCAGUCUUUCGAGCUGGAAGCCGAUAGACCACAGUAUCAGUGCCACACUGCUCACUCCGUGUAUCGCGUGAUGCUGGCGCUUGGUCUAAUCGAAAAGAACGAUUAUAAAAUGGAAUUGAGGACAGUGGGUGGAUUGCAAUCAAUGCUCGUGUUGAAGGCGGCCGCUAUCACUUUAUCCGUCGCCCUCUACCUUACGCACAAUGACAUGGACAGAUGGAUGUGGUCGUCACUGUACUCAGAAGGGACAAGUGGAGUGGUGUCCGCUCAGAACAAGCUUCGUACUGUCACGCUUAACUACGUCAUACCCUUAUCUGCACACCACCUAAUGCAGCGUGCUUCACGCACGGGGUCCACAGUCGGGCAAGACAUCACGGCGUAUUACGGCUUGGACAUCAAUCGCAACCAGUGGGCCCUUAGUAUCCCUAUGCCCAUAUUUGCGGUAUUACAAUGGGCUGCUAAAUUUGACAUUCGGGUGUACGCCGAAGUUGUCGGGGUUCACGGCAAUGUAAAGGAUAAUUAUUGCACCAUGCACGUAGAAGUCACCCCAAGCACCAGAUACACCAUGCCCUGGUACACUUCCACAGGAAACACCUUUUCACGCAUACCGCGCCUGCUCUCUAUACUCCCCAGGGGGACUCCAUCUUUCAUCCCAAUCUCUAUUGACGACUGGGCGGUGCAAACCCCCAACGCGUGGGCCCCGGAGCCUUUAACGAAUGGGUUUGUCUCUAUGGUGACAUGCACAUCUUUAAGAUACCACUAUCGAGACGUUGACGGCGCCGCUUCACUGUUAGUGCUCAAUCCUUCCAUCUCCAACGUCCCAUUCUCGCGCACCUUCUGGGGUGUGUCUCCUACGGAAUACCCGGAUCCGCCCAACCUGCCUUUUUUAUACAAGGCGGUAGCAAACGCGGGAACUGGGCAGCAGAGCGUGUCCCAAGUGGUGGAGCUGGAAAACAAAAAACCGCCCGGCCCUACCCAGGCCCGACCCUCCGACCCACCACCCAUGGCUCCCGAGGCAACCAAGACACCAAUGGUACCCCUGGCCACGGCGGGGGAGACCCAUCAUUAA